GAGCAGCAAGCCACAUUCCUCAAUACGCGCAUACCUCCUAGUUAAUUUCAAACAGCUCAUCAAUAUGUAAGAGCUGAAAUAACCUCAAUGCAAGCAAGCACAUGCAUCUUACUAGGUAAACCAUCUGCAAGUAAAGCAUUAUACAAUGUACUAGUUCAUCAUGGAAGUUCUAGAAAACAACAGGGGAGGGAUAAAAAUCAGCUUUGAAGGACACAAAUUAGAUGGCAGUGCGAGAGACAACGAUCCGAAGCAUGCAGUGGGGCAAUAACAACGAAUGGCCCCCCUCAAUAUGGGGGAGUUAUGGCGGCGACGCCCCAUAACCACGAACCUGAUCAGGAUAGAACAAGGGUCAUAGCAGCGCGGGCAGGCCUAAAGAGAACCGCGAGGGAUGUCAACAGUGGCCCGACAACCGAAACAGUUGCUAACGCCCUCAUGGUAGCGCACCCGGAGAUUCGAGGGCAGUUGGGACAGCUGUCAGCCCUUAGGAGGGACGUCCAAAGACAGAGACGAGCUGCAUACCCGGCAGAACCCGAAUCAAAAGAAACCUUGGAGAUUCCUGACGAAUGGACACUGACCGGUGACGUAGAAGGACAGCGUUUUCUCCUCUACGAUUCCGGGCCGGGGCAAGACAGGCUGAUAUUGUUUGCCACUGAUUCCCAACUACGACGUCUCGCCGUUGCUAGCACGUGGUACAUGGAUGGCACCUUUUCCAGAGCACCCGCUAUUUUCACACAGGUAUACUGCAUCAGAGCAGAAGUUGACGAAGGCGCAGUAUCUUGUGUUUAUGCACUGAUGUCAGGAAAGACUCGGGCUCUUUAUAUCAGGCUCUUCAAUGCUCUGAUGGAAGCCCUCAUUGAUAGAGGGCAUGAUGCACACGCACCUAGGACAAUCGUGACCGAUUUUGAAGAGGCCGCUAGGAGUGCGGUCCAGUUUUGUUUGGGAAAUGCAGUUCAGCUACACGGAUGUUUUUUCCAUCUCACCCAACGAACUUGGAAGAGGGUAGCUGACAAUGGCCUCAGAGGGUUAUAUUUGCAAGAUGAGGGAGUCCGCACCUACCUUGGGAUGAUGGACGGUUUGGCCUUCCUACCUCCUCAAGACGUGGUGAGAGGAAUGGAAUUCCUAAGGCGCAUCAUGCCCACCCCUGCCCUUCAGCCUGUGGUAGAUUACUUCGACAGGACAUAUGUCACCGGGACGUUAAGAGCGGACGGACACUUAACACCGCCACGAUUCCCCCCCCCCCCCAAGACUGGAACGUCCACCAAAUCACUAUCCAUGAUGGGGAUAGGACUAACAAUGUGUGCGAAGGGUGGAACAAUGCCUUCCGUAAUCUCAUCGGGCGUGUUCAUCCUCCCUUUUGGUCCUUCCUCUCGGCCCUGCGAAAGGAUUGGGCAUUGACAGAUACUCAACUACAACAAUCUGCGCUGGGAAUUCCAGUAAAAAGAAGGAAGAGGAGAAGCUAUGUGGCACACCAGCACAGGCUGAAGGUUCUGUGCCAGCGAUACGAUGCGGAUGGAGAUAUGGAAGUGUUCCUUAGAGCUAUUGGGCCAUCCAUUAGGAUAAAUAAAGCUUGGCAUCAUGAUGGGCAGGCACCAUAGUUUGUACCCAACCAAUGAAUGUGACCUGCAAAAAAAAAUCGCUCUUCAUCUAUACUGGAAUUUCUUGUGGAUGAAAGUGGAGUAUAUGGUCAUGUUACUUUUCUGUUGUUGUUGUUGUUGUUUUGAUAUGCUCUGAUGUGGCUCCAGAGCUACUUGAUUUCAAAAUUAAUGCUUAUUUUGCAUCGUAAACAUCCAGGUUGUUCAUAAUUUGGUAGUAAACAGUGGGGGAAGAGCUCGGUAAACAAGGAUUCUGAUGUUGAGUUUACAUCCCGUGUAUGUCCACUGGAUAUUUCUACUCUGAACAUUCCUAUACUCUCUUUGGAUUAAUUUUGUAAGAGAAUAUAUGAUAUAUUGUUUGCCGAAGUGUGCCGGAUAUUAUUUAAGUUUUCUUAAGGUGCCUGAAAAUGUCUGUUCUGGAGAUGCCGUUCAGUAAUGUUCUCCGGCUUACCAGUUGUUUAAUACCUCCAUAAUAUAUAGCCAUUUGCAAUAUCAGUAUAAUUGUACUUAGUAGUGUGGAGCUGUAUAAUCCCUUGAUGUAGGUAUGUUAUACGCCAAGAAUAUGAAGAGUUUUCUUGCAAAAGGACCUAAAUCCACUUUAGCUAUUUGGGAGUAAAUCGAGGUUUUUAUUUUAGACAUUUUCUUUGUUCUUUCACCAUAAGUUUUUCUUAUAUCUUGAAGAGUUACCAUAAGAUGUAAUCAUAUGACAGUUUGAAUAAUCUUGCGGUUAUUCCCCCCCCCCCCCAAAAAGAAGAUUAUUUAAAGGGAAAACAAAUUAUAACCCUUUCAAAAUGCAAUCAUUUUCUUCCUCAGGAAUGUUAUGAAACACCAUACUUGUGAGGUCUUCAUGUAAAUCAGAUCAUUAUCUAGAAGGUCAAGAGAAAGAAAUUGUAGACAUAUCUCAGAACAUUAAAGCAAUGUACAUAUUCCCUCCGAGAGGAUAUAUUACUUGAAUGAUGAUUCACAGCAUGAUAGUCAUAGCCAGGAAGCUGGAAAUAUGUGGGUAAUAAUCAAGAAAACAAAUUACCCAAAACAUGUUUUCAUUUGUUUUUCUCAUCCACCCCGUUUAACGGUGCCUAUUAAAUUUAAAAGCUUAUUUUGCAAUCUUUCUAUUUUAGAGCAGUUCGACGAAUGUACGUUUCCUGUUUGAGCUGUAAUUUGUUAGAUUGUUAUUAAGGAUAUUUACCAUCCAACAAUUGAUAUGUAGGAUUGUUUUUAUGUUAUAAUGCUGCCUGUUGCAUACCAUUUGAGAGUGUUUUGGCAAUUGUUCGGUUAACAGGAGUAAGAGAAAUGUUUCUUAUCCUUUUUGAACAUAUUUGCAAUAUCAGCAUAGAUUCUUUGAUAUGUUAAUUGUAUUAAUUGUAUGGUGCUCAAUCCUCUUGUUUUCGAGUUUGGUUUUUAAAAGAUUCUUUGAUCAAUAUCUCGGAUGUCUGUUCUUUUUGCGUGUUGCCUAGUUUUGGAGACAAUUCGGAAUGACGCAUAAAUAGGCCUACUUUGUACUUGCAUAAUAAUGCAUAUCCAAAAAAAAACUGGUUAAAAACAACCUUAAGUUUUGGGAAAAGGAUUUUUUUGUGUGUUUUCGCAUUUUCCCCCCUUCUGAGUUAGGAAGAAUGUCAUAACUUUUUUUAAAGGUUCCCUGAAAGGGGGUUGCUCGUCAAAGGCCUUUAUCAUGUAUAUUUAGUAAUGUCAAGAAAUGGCUGGAUUCGGGCUGAACAUUCAUGCCAGAACAAAUUGAGUUUGGUCCCUUGUAGUACUACUCGUUUAUGCAUGCAGCGCAAGCGCCUGAGGCGGACUUUCGUGUGCAAAAUUAUCGAUUCGAUAAUCCCUAAAUAUUGUUUAUGUACACCUAAUCUACUUUCAUAAUGCUUUGAAACGGUUUAUUUCGAAAUGUAAUUGGAUGACCAGAACUCCAAUAAAAAAUUGAUUGGAAUUGAGAUAAGAAGAAGAUAAACCGAGUAGAAAAUGAUGUGACGGUCAUGAAAAUUAGGCCUAUACAGUUUGUAGAAGAAUUAGGUUGAAACAAUAUGAAGAUAAUUUUGAAAAAAGUUCUUUCAGGAAAUGAUAGUAACUUAUGAUAUAACAUAUCUGCAUCAUGAAAUUGUUUGGUUGAAUAUGUGAUGUAAGUUUUUGUAAUUAUUAUUUGAAACGAUAAGAAUAAAGAAAAUGAAUAACACUGUUA